GAGGUAGAGUCUAAACAACCAAUUCGAAAAUUUCAAAAACUUUUCGUUUGAAAGACGUUGUAGUUGUAAUACGUUAGCGAAUUUUUUGUGUCAAUUGUAAUUUAUCGUGAUAAAUUCGUUUGAAAUUAUAAUUUCCUUCGAAUGAGUGAAUUAAUAAUCUAUUUAUCCAUGUACAUAUAAAUUGAACGCCGACAUACGCAGUGAUAUUCUGUGAACCUGCAAAUUAUUUCGCCGCGUUUUGUCCUAAUAAAAACCGUCAAAAUUCCGUCCUACAAGAUGGAUGAUUUUCUUAAAAUUGAGAAAAUUGGUGAAGGUACUUACGGUGUGGUGUAUAAAGGCAAAAACAAAACAACAGGGCAGUUUGUGGCUAUGAAGAAAAUUCGCUUGGAAUCCGAAGACGAAGGCAUACCAUCCACAGCCAUCAGAGAGAUCUCGUUGCUAAAAGAACUUAACCACCCAAACAUAGUCAAAUUAGAAGAUGUACUCAUGGAAGAAUCUCGCCUUUACCUCAUAUUUGAAUUUCUCUCUAUGGACCUGAAGAAAUACAUGGACUCACUUGGAUCUGGCAAGUUCAUGGACCCAGCAGUUGUGAAGAGCUACCUUUACCAGAUCAACAACGCCAUCUUGUACUGCCACCAGCGGCGUAUACUACACAGGGACCUCAAGCCUCAAAACUUGCUCAUUGAUAAGACUGGAAUUAUAAAAGUAGCAGACUUUGGCUUAGGCCGCGCCUUCGGUGUGCCAGUAAGAGUAUACACUCACGAAGUGGUGACACUAUGGUACAGAGCUCCAGAAGUAUUACUCGGUAGCCAAAGAUACUCUUGCCCCAUAGAUAUAUGGUCAGUGGGAUGCAUAUUCUCAGAGAUGUCUUCAAAGAAACCACUCUUCCAGGGAGACUCGGAGAUUGAUCAGCUGUUCCGCAUUUUCAGAAUGCUGCGAACACCAACAGAGGAGAUAUGGCCGGGCGUGUCGCUGUUACCCGACUACAAGCCGACGUUCCCCAACUGGAACACUUUCAACUUGCACAACCAUGUAAGUUCCACUAAAGUACAAAACCUAGACGAGGUCGGCAUGGAUCUCCUGCAGAAGAUGCUGGUAUACGACCCCGUGAAGCGCAUCUCGGCGAAGGACGCGCGGCGGCAUCGGUACUUCCGCGACGUGAAACUGCCACCCGGCCUCACCAAGCACUCCGCCUACAUCCGGUUCGCGCCCGACCACUCCUCCGACACCGACUGCAGCGCGCAGAGCGUGUAACGGAUAUACCUCCUAAACAGUAUUGCCAGAAUCAGGGGGAUUUAUUGUAAUAAUAUUUGGAGACUUUCACACGGUAUAUUGGGGAUUUUAAUUUACGUGAAAAUAAACAGCUUUGGGGUACUCGUGAAUUUUUGAGGAAAUUUAUACUAAAAAUCCGUUUGGGGAUAUUAAGUAUAAAAGGUCACCUGGCAACACUGUUAAAUAGAUACCGCAUAUAAUGAAGAAUAAUUUGUUCUAAAUCGUCUAUCAUGCUGUCAGUAUUCCGAUCUACUUACAGAUGUUGAUUUUUCUCAAAUAGUGCAGAACUUAAACCAUUGUAACAUUUAAGGGAUUAUUUUUCAAUGGCUAAAUUACUGCAAAAGUUGAUGCGCAUGCGACUUUGGUACUAACCAAUAAAUGUUACGAUGGUUAUAGGGGUUAUAAUGAAGCAAUAUAAUUGGCUAUUUAAAUAAUGCACUAAAAUGCACUGAUAAUUCUCGCAUUUUAUUGGUUAUUUAAAUGCAUAUUCUAUAUUUUGGAUAUCUAAUGGGGUUUAUCUACAUCUCUAAUCUUCAUCUAGCCCUAUGUGAAGUUGAUUCAUCAUUUCAUUUGGCUUUUUUCGCCAGGAUCACAAAAUUUCAGAAUUCUAUUGCUCGAUAUCCUACAAUUAUUCUAAGAGUCCAAGGUGCUUUUUAAUUCGCGUUAUUUUUACUUCACGGGAUAUAAGCAGAGACCUUAUCUUUUGGUCGGCAAUAAAAUCAUAGCAAUAUAUACCAGCCAUGUCUAUAGUUUAUUAUUAUAAUCAGCAUGAGCAAAGGCUAUACUGCAACAAAUAUAAUUCAUGCGCGGAAAUACCAGGCCUUUUUUCAUUCAUCACAUAAUAUAUUAGACAAAUUAUUAUAUACUACAAAGUGUGGUAAUAAGUGUGUGAUCAAAUCUAUAAUUUGUUAGAGUGCUUUCAAAUAUGGCGAACGCGCAAUUCGCAAGCAAUUGCAACUUUAUAGCUCACGUAAGACGCAUCCAACUCGUGCGCACUCUACUUCAUGGCUUAUACGCUUUGUUGUAAGGUUGCGUUUGAUGUCACCAUAACGAGCCGCACGCGAACACGGGCGUUUGUCAAUUUUGAACGCACCCCUAGAACGUAAUGUAUUGCAACACUGCCAUUCCUGCGUUUUCUGGUACAACUGGAAUUAACAACGCGCGAAUAUACUUAAAUCUUGGGAAAUUGUGAAAACAUGAGGCCUUUAUAACGGACUGUGAAUGUGUUUAGAUUUGUGGCUCAUGAGUACAAUAUCUGUAAGGUUUUGUGUGAAAGUGUUUAGAGCGAUUUCAAAAAUUGCUUCUUUUAUGUUCGUUCUCAUGCUUUCAAAGUAAUUUAUUUCAUAAUUCAGACUUUUUGAUGAUCAUCAACGAAUACCAAAUCACCACUUAUAUGUUUUUAAAGAUUUCCUCACUGAUUUAAAACUCGGUAAUGUACGCUGGGCCUUAUUUAAUUGUAAUGGUUCACAUUAAUCUAUUUAGUUCUUGAUUUUAUCCUAGGUUUAUAUUACAUACUUUAAGUUGUCGUAAUUUAUGCAUAGCGGGUAUGUUGUAUGUCGUCUGUCGUUGUAUUCUUGUACGCCAAUGAAUAUUUGAAUAGCAUGUGUUUUUAGUUGUUAGCCUAUGUCGUGUACGAAAUAUUAUGUGGCAUUGUUAUAGGGAAAAAUAUUUUUGACACUCUUGCGCAGGAGCAUAAUUUUCAAUCAAUGUUAUAACGUUAAUAUUAAUUGUAAAUAGUUUUUUAUCGCUCAAUGUCUUCAACGAGCAGGACGCUCGCAUUCUACUAAAAUUGGUAAUUUUGUUUGUAUUUGAUCUAUGAAUUGCAUUUGAUUUAACGAUAUCACAUAAGUAUUCUUUGUAAUUAUAAAUUAUAUAAAAAAAUAAUUUCAA